CGAGCGGCCUCAGCGUGCGUCCGUACCAAGCCCUUGUCCUCCUUGUUGUCAUCAUCACCACCAAAUCAAUUCCUCUCGCACACACACAACCACGCAUAUACGCACUCACAUGGCAGCAGCAACUGACACGAUGUCAAUGGCGCUGUCGCCUGGCCUCGACGCCAUCAAGGCCUCGCCGCUCUCGCGCUCAGCUGAGUCGCUCCAAUUGAACGAUUACCUCGACUUGCCCUCGAGCCCCUCUCUGGCUUCGGCGCACCCUGCUCCUUCUCCUCUUGCAAGGAUGGCAGUCGCCAAUGCCACCAACCCACGCCCAUCUUCUUCGGCAUCGACGUCGAAGCCAGUGGCAACUACAAGCGCGGCAGCCGACUGUGCCGUUGCUGUACCAUCGACGCCACCACCGCCGGGCUCAGCCCCUGAAGUCGUCUUCCGCUACUAUCUCAAGCUCGAGCUUAAAAAGAUGGGCUCUCCAGCCGACGACGCCACCAUCGACAGGCACGUUGCUCAGCACUAUGGCACCUUCCUCAAGGCGAUGGACACUGGCAAGGCUACCACUCCGGCCUCGAUUGCCGCCAAGCCUGCGCCAGCCCCCACGCCAUUCGUCAAGGAUGAGCUUCGCUACACCUCGCCAGUCUCCGAAGCCGUCACCUCAUCACCCAUUGCCCCCGUCACUGCCCUCGCCUCGACGUCUCCUCAGCCACAGCCUCAGCCCUUCAAGGUCCCCGCGGCCUUCGAUGACAUCGCCGCGCCUCCUGCUGCGCCAGUCUUUGAGAACAUUGACCCGCAGUACGUCUCCUUCAGGGGCAGUAUCCCCCUCGCCGAGGCACAACAAGCAGAUGAGGAAGCAGGUGACGCCAUGUCGGAAGACGGUCACCAAGCUGCCGAAGAUGGAGGUGCCUCUUUCGAGCAGCAAGAAGAGGACAGCAAGGAUAGCCUCGCCCCUCUUAUUUCGUCUUUGCGCUUUGGCGGAAGCGACCGCGCCAACAGCACUGCCAGCUCCUCUCGAGGUAGCGAGGAGCCCGGUUUCGGCAACGCUGGCGUGCCACCCAGCAUCCGCGACUCAGCAGCAGCUAACCUCAAGCCCACUGCCGAGGAGUAUCGCGCCCUCAGCAGCAAGGAGAAGAGGCAGCUUAGAAAUAAAAUCAGCGCUCGCAACUUCAGGGAGCGAAGGAAAGAGUACAUUGGUCAUCUCGAGGGUGAGAUCUCGGACCGAGACGCCAUCAUCUCGUCUCUUCGCUCUCAGAUGUCGCAGCUCUCUCUUCAGAAUAAGAAGCUCGAGGAAGAGGUCAAAACGCUCCAGGCUAAGCAGCUCAGCCAGUCAGACGUGGCCAAGAUCCUCGAGGCUCUGCAGAACGUCGCCGUUCCCGCCAACGCCGACCAUUCGCAGCAGGCCUCCACAUCAUCGGCUUGGGGUCUCCGCUCCUCAGCGGCAAACGACGUGACCCUGUCCAACAAUUGGACGGGCGGGUACACGCCGUCGUCGCGCCCCUCUACGCCCUCGAGUCCCAGGCCAACCAUGGCUAGGCGCGCCAGCCCCAGCUUGCUGCCCCAGCACAAUCCACGCAAAGACAUGCCCGCUACGGCCGCUUCGGCUGCAGCUGGUAACAAGGGGGCAUCAUGGAGGGGUGGGCCUACUGUGGCUGCCUCUGCGUAAGCAUCUCGCUCCGCCGCGAGCUUCUCUCUCACAUCUUCUUGCCCAUUCAGCGUUCCUCACCUUCCCACACUGCGACACUUGUAUCCAUAGAGCCACCAAAUCAUCCUCACCGUCAGUUCCCAAAGGUGCACUCACGAGGCGUACUUCGUCAAUGUUUGCAUUUCAUUACGAGAUUGGGAUCGUCGCUUCGAGGCGAGAGCGAGAGCGAGACGUCUGCGUCUC